UUCUGUUCCACAAGGACACAAUUCUUCUUCUACAGUAAAUUUUUGUCGCUCAUUUUAUCCCACCACCGCUAAACCUCACCCAAAACCCUCCGGAAAACAAUGCUCCGUGUCUCCAAAAAUGGCAUUUUCAGCUAAAACCUCUCAAGUUGCUCCCAGCCCGGACUUGCUCGAUCCUCAAUUCCCCAGCACCUACAAGUCCAAAAAGCAGAGCGUCUCCUACAAUCUCCGAACUCGCCAAUUCUCCCUUAAGAAAACCCACGAAAUAUAUGUCGUCAGCUCCUCCUCUAUCGACACUCACAACCCAAACUCUGACUUGCAGCAACUAUGCCUUCAUGGGAACCUAGAAAAAGCUUUGAAGUUCUUGGACUCGAUGCAAGAACUUCAAAUUUCUGUGGAAGAGGAUACUUAUAUAGCUCUUUUAAGGCUAUGUGAGUGGAAGAGAGCACAAGAGGAAGGGGCUCGUGUCUACUCCUCGGUGUUGAGUUCGAUGACUCAAUUGAGUAUUCGGCUUGGUAAUGCGUUGUUGAGCAUGUUUGUGAGGUUUGGCAAUUUGGUAGAAGCUUGGUAUGUUUUUGGGAGAAUGGGGGAAAGGAAUUUGUUUUCUUGGAACGUAUUGCUGGGUGGGUAUGCGAAGGCUGGGUUCUUUGAUGAGGCUUUGAAUUUGUAUCAUAGAAUGUUGUGGGUCGGAAUAAUGCCUGAUGUGUAUACUUUUCCUUGUGUUCUAAGGACCUGCGGUGCUGUACCUGACUUGGCCAGGGGUCGGGAGAUUCAUGUUCACGUUAUUAGAUUUGGGUUUGAGUCGGAUAUUGAUGUGCUCAAUGCUUUAAUCACCAUGUAUGUUAAAUGUGGCGAUGUAAAUAAUGCACGGUUGGUAUUUGAUACAAUGCCUAGGAGAGAUAGGAUCUCAUGGAAUGCAAUGAUUUCUGGCUACUUUGAGAAUGGGGAGUGUCGGGAAGGAUUCAAAUUAUUUUUAAGGAUGCGCCAAUUUUCUGUAAAUCCAGAUUUGAUUACUAUGACUAGUUUGAUAUCGGCUUGUGAACUUACUGGUGAUGAGAGAUUAGGGAGGGAAAUCCAUGGUUAUGUGAUGAGAACGGGAUUUGCAGAUGAUGUUUCGGUGUAUAAUUCUUUAAUACAGAUGUAUUCGAGUGUUGGACAUCUAGAGGAAGCGGAAAAAGUUUUCUCUAGAAUGGAAUGUAAAGAUGUUGUGUCAUGGACGGCAAUGGUUUCUGGUUACUAUAAUAAUGCACACCCUGAUAAGGCUGUCAAAACUUACAAAACGAUGGAGGUACAGGGUAUCAUUCCAGAUGAAAUCACUAUAGCAAGUGUUCUAAGUGCUUGUUCUUGUUUAGGCCAUUUAGAUAUGGGUAUCAAGCUUCAUGAGCUUGCUAAUAGGACUGGGCUGAUCUCAUAUGUUAUAGUUGGAAACACGCUCAUUGAUAUGUACUCAAAGUGCAAACGCAUUGACAAGGCUUUGGAAGUGUUCUAUGGUAUCCGUGAUAAGAAUGUUAUAUCGUGGACUUCUAUUAUUCUUGGACUUCGGAUCAACAAUCGGUGUUUUGAGGCUUUGAUUUUCUUUCGGCAAAUGAAACUUCUAGUGAAGCCAAAUUCUGUAACCUUGGUUUCUGUUUUAUCUGCAUCCGCUAGAAUAGGAGUUUUGAUGUGUGGAAAGGAGAUUCAUGCUCAUGCAUUAAGGACUGGUGUAGCUUUUGAUGGUUUUUUACCCAAUGCCCUAUUGGACAUGUAUGUAAGAUGUGGAAGGAUGGGUCCUGCGUGGAACCAGUUUUACUCCAGCGAGAAGAGUGUAGCAGCAUGGAACAUACUUCUAACAGGGUAUGCCCAGCGGAGACAAGGGGAGCUUGCUGUGGAACUAUUCCAUAGAAUGAUAGAUUCAGAGGUAAAUCCAGAUGAGAUCACAUUUAUUGCACUCCUUUGUGCCUGUAGUAGAUCUGGCAUGGUUACAGAAGGUUUGAAGUAUUUUAAUUGCAUGAAACAUAAGUAUUCUAUCACGCCUAAUCUGAAGCACUAUGCAUGCGUGGUUGAUCUACUUGGUCGUGCCGGGAAAUUGGAUGAUGCUUACGAGUUUAUACAGAAAAUGCCCGUAAAUCCAGAUCCAGCCAUAUGGGGAGCCUUAUUAAAUGCAUGCAGGAUCCACAGGCGUGUUGAGCUUGGGGAACUGGCGGCUCAGCAUAUUUUUGAAAGAGAUGAGAACGGUGUUGGGUAUUACCUUCUUCUCUGUGAUCUCUAUGCUGACAGUGGUAGAUGGGAUGAAGUUGCAAAUGUAAGACAGAUGAUGAGAGACAGAGGUCUAACUGUAGAUCCUGGAUGCAGUUGGAUAGAAGUAAAGGGAAAAGUUCAUGCUUUUCUUAGUAAUGAUAAUUUCCAUCCUCAAUUAAAGGAAAUAAAUGCAGUCUUAGAGGGAUUUUAUAGCAAAAUGAAAGCAGUGGGUCUCAGAGGCGCAGAAAGCAGUUCUAUGGAUGAAGUUGAAGCUUCAAAAUCUGAUAUCUUUUGUGGGCAUAGCGAGAGACGGGCUAUUGCAUUUGGACUCAUCAAUACUGCCCCUGGUACGCCUAUAUGGGUGACAAAAAAUCUUUACAUGUGUCAAAACUGUCACAAUACUGUAAAAUUUAUCUCUUCAACUGUUCGGAGGGAGAUUUCUGUGAGGGAUGCAGAAGAGUUCCACCAUUUUAAGGAGGGUAUCUGCUCUUGUGGGGAUGAGGGUUACUGGGGAAAACCUGACAUGUAAAGAGUGUUUAUAGAAUAUUUGAUUUUCGUAUUAACUUGAAGAGAAAAGGAAGCAAUUAAAACUUCCAGACUGUACUUCAGGAGUAAACAGAUUAUACAUGGAUCACCAGAUCAGCUCUCUAAUUCCAGAUGAAUUCAAGUGCUUUUAGACGUGAAUGUAUCUGGAUGUUUGCUGACAAGAGCUUCAAACGGUGAUGUUCUGAUGCAUAAAUUUCCAAGGCUGCGCAAUGGAUCUCAGAAACAGAAGAAGCUGCCUCUCUGUUUGGCCAUCCACCUUGUGAUCAGGAAAAAUGACAAAGGAACUUCUGAUUUGCUGCCAACGGUAUUUUUUUUUGUUUUUUUGUUGACUAUCCUUUGCAAGGCGUGAUAUCAAACCAGUUACUAUUGUACUGUAGUUUCAUUUUCUCUUCUUUGGUAUACAUAAAAUUUUCUCAAAAUCUGUAACAGUUUAUCGAAACUGUAAUUCUACUAAAAGUGGUAUAUUAAUUUCAAUUACGUUCUGAUUCUCA